UUCAAAAACCUCCCUCACUCCAUCUUUGGUCUUUGCUGAACACUCCAUGUACCCAAAAGCACCAAUCCUGUUGGCCAUAUCUCUGCCUUCUUCCGGUUUCACUGGCUCCUGCUUCAUCUUGGCCAGCUCCCGCCUUGUGUGCUCAUCAUUCCGAAGAUCCUUCUUGUUCCCAACCAGGAUGAUGGGCACGUUGGGACAGAAGUGCUUGACUUCCGGAGUCCAUUUUUCUGGGAUGUUUUCUAAAUCAUCAGGGCUGUCAAUGGAGAAACAUCAGUAUAACAUCAGUGUCCGGAUAGGAGAGAGGUCUCAAACGAUCAUAAUCUUCCUGCCCAGCUGUAUCCCACAACGCCAACUCUACCUGCUUUCCAUCCACUUCAAUAUCUGCCACAUAGUUCUCAAACACUGUGGGCACAUACACCUCUGGGAACUGGUCCUUGCUAAAGAUGAUGAGCAAGCAAGUCUUGCCACAGGCUCCAUAACCAACAAUCACCAAUUUCUUCCGGAUGGCAGCCAUGCUUACAAAUGUGCUGCAAGACCCACGGCCUGUGUGCCAGAAGUUCUACAAGUGCCUUGAACUUCUCCGAUGAAAGGCACUCAGGCGACAACUCACAAUCCAACCUCUCCACACCAAGGACGCCUGUCCGCGAGUCGCAAGCUCGGAGACUACGUUUGCAAGUGGAUAUGCCCUGGUGUCUUCAUCCUAUUCAUAGUGAUUAUUGCUGUACGAGAAGUUCAAAAUCAUUCAAAAUAUUCCCAAAGGAUGGUAUGUGCAGAUGAAUGGAUUGGAGUAAGAAAGAAGUGUUUCUAUUUUUCCAGUGAUACCAAAAAUUGGAUGGCCAGCACAAGAUUUUGCAGUGCACAGCGAUCAGAACUUGCUCAUUUUGAUACACAAGAGGAUAUGGUUUCAAAUUAGUGGGAAUGGAUCCUUUGCUUUUCUGAAUGCUGACGGAGUCCGUAGGGACUAGGGGACUUAUUGAUAUCAAGUGGAUUUGCAGCAAACGUAUAUUUUAAUAAAGCAAAGAACUGGAAAAUGACUGAGGGAAAUCUAAUAGCUAUGUCCUGGUUUAGGAGAUUAUUGGGAAUGCACUACAAAGCAGAACACUGCAUUCUGGCUAUGAUGAAAACAGCUUAUCUAGUUAAUGUGUAUCUAAGGGUUAAGUUCUGCCUAUGCUCAUAUAUUCCUUAGAUCAUGUUAUUUCAGGAAAUAUAUUAUCAUGUCUUAACUUGUUUCCUGCAUGUUUUUGGUAUGUUCUUUCUGGCAUGUAGCCCAUUGACGUAUUGCACAUUGUUUUCCUGAAUGCUUAAC